AUGCAUGUGUUCUUGCCUGCGCUGCCUUUCAGCACAACUGCUUUAGCCCAGGUACCGAGAUCCAAGCCCAUCAAGCUUAUUUCCAAGGGAAAUCCAAUUCUCUCAGAUAGCUCGUGGGACUCGGCCAACCCUGAAUUCCCCAGUGGGGAAUAUUCGCCUCCUCGUCGCCCAACUCCGCCGGCUCCGACUGGAGGCUCUACCCGAAAGUUGCAGAGCUGCACGAGGUGUUCGCCUGGGCUGCUCCCGGGACCUCAUACGCAGCACAUGUUGUCCGGGGCCGAGACGACCUGUUUGCUAUUGGGGUGGCUGUCUCCGACUCUCCUACCGGGCCCUACAUCGACGCUCACCCGUCCGGCCCGAUCAUCUCCGACAACGACAACUCCCACCCUGGAGCCAUCGAGCUCAAUGAUGAAGAACAAAUUCCUGGUCUACCACACCCGUGGACGCUAA